GUUGCUGCAAGCUUCGCUCUCGUAACGUCUCGUGUGCUUCUACGCCCGCUCUCGUUCAUUUGCUUUGUUUGGCCCUCUUCAGCCUUAGGCCUCUGCGGACUGGUCCGCUCUCGUGCCCUACACAAUGCCUGCCAUCACCCAGGGCUACGAGGUCCUCCUCGAUUUCACGAACGACACACGAGACUCGGCUACGGUACAGCUGCAGCGCGAUUAUGGCCACCAGGCCGGCACUGCUGUGCUGUUGCGACCGGGCGAGACAGUGACGCUGGUGUUGGAUGCGGGGGCGGUAUAUAGGUACUGCUUGAAGACAAGGACAAGGGUAGCGAACGUCACCGCUCGUACGUGGAGAGACGUGCACUGUGAUGUCUCCAAGCUGUUUCCACCUGCGGCAUCGCAAAGCAGCCGGAUGCUGCCGGAGUCGCCCGUCAACGGGCUUACCAUCGAUCGACUCUGGCGGGACGUCCGGUUUUGCAUGUGGUAUGACGCAUAGUGCAAACACAGUACAUUGUACAAUGACAGUUUUCUUGAUGAUACCCCCGAACUUUAUAUCGAGUCAUGGCGCCGUCGAUGUGUAUGUGGACGAAUUUUUGAGGGCCCGCUUUCGCCACAGGCAAAGGAAUCUUGGGAAACAGUAAUCAUGCCAUCGCGGCGCCUCCAAAUUCAUUACCGCGUGCGUUGCACGGGGCUACGGGUUAUGUUUGAUAGGAUACGAUCCAUUCAUCUAGGACUAUCACGAUUCAAUAUAUCACAAUCGC